AGUCGUAUCAGUCGUCAGAAAUGGUGGUGAACGUUCAGUAGGCUUCUGCCGCCGGGGCUCUUACUGCCGAUGGAGUUCCUUUCGAGCUGCGCUUCUUCUUCGUCCUCACAGCGUUUCGCUUUCUUCAAUGUCCAGCAUCAAAAUACUCUUAGUUCUCGCGCCACUGUAAAGUCGCAGGUAUUGCCAUGGAACUUUUCUGUGGUUGGUCUUGGUCGAUCGACGAGGCUCAGUGCCGAUGGUCGGGAGAGAAUUUUGGGCUGUAAUUGUGGAUCAAAUCGUGUUUUGUUGUUUCGCCAGUCUUGGAGAUAUCGUUCCUGUUUGGCUUCUUCGUUUGAUUUGAUAUCCUUGAAUUAUCUGUAUGUGUUCAAUUGGAAUAUAUACCAGGUGAAUUUCCGAAGAAUCAGGAGUUCUUUGGGAAAAUUUAGACAGCGUUUCUCUGUAAAACUUGCUCGAGUGAUGGUCUGCGUGAUGCUAGUAAUGUCAGUUUCUUCUACUUUUGGCGGCACUCCAUCACAGGCCCUCACUGAAGAGAACCUACUGUUUUUGGAGGCGUGGAGGACAAUAGAUCGUGCAUAUAUUGAUAAGACCUUUAAUGGGCAAAGUUGGUUUCGUUACAGAGAAAAUGCAUUGAGAAAUGAACCCAUGAAUACGCGAGAAGAGACCUAUACUGCAAUAAAGAAGAUGCUCGCGACUCUUGGUGAUCCCUUCACUCGAUUUUUAGAACCUGAAAAGUUUAAAAGUUUGCAGUCUGGUACUCAAGGUGCUUUUACAGGUGUAGGACUGUCCAUUGGUUAUCGCACCAAUGUAGAUGGACCUGCUGGGCUUGUUGUCAUUUCAGCUGCACCAGGGGGCCCUGCAGAAAGAGCUGGUAUUACUUCUGGUGAUGUUCUUCUGGCAAUUGAUGAUACUACCACAGAAUCCAUGGGCAUAUAUGAUGCGGCAGAGCGAUUGCAAGGACCAGAAGGAAGUUCUGUGCAAUUGACCGUUCAAAGUGGCCCAAGUGUAAAGCAUCUUGAUUUAGUGCGAGAGAAAGUUGCAAUAAAUCCAGUGAAGUCCAGAAUCUGUGAGUUGCCUGGCUCAGGGGACAACUCCUCUAAGAUUGGUUACAUCAAGCUUACGUCAUUUACUCAAAAGGCAUCUGGUGCUGUGAAAGAAGCGAUUGAUUAUUUAAGGAGUAACAAGGUUAAUGCCUUUGUACUUGACCUUCGGGAUAAUAGUGGUGGUCUUUUUCCAGAAGGAGUUGAGAUUGCCAAGAUUUGGUUGGACAAAGGCGUUAUAGUGUAUAUUUGCGAUAGUCGUGGUGUCCGAGAUAUAUAUGAUUCAGAUGGAAGUAGCUCUAUAGCAGCUUCAGAACCUUUAGCUGUGUUGGUGAACAAGGGAACUGCUAGUGCUAGUGAAAUACUAGCCGGAGCAUUGAAGGACAACAAGCGUGCUAUAUUAUUUGGAGAACCAACCUAUGGGAAAGGCAAGAUUCAGUCAGUCUUUAAACUAUCAGACGGUUCUGGCUUGGCUGUGACAGUGGCUCGUUACGAGACACCAGCUCACAUCGACAUUGACAAGGUAGGAGUGAUUCCAGACCGUCCGCUACCAGCAUCAUUCCCAAAGGAUGGAGAUGGUUUCUGUAGCUGCUUUGAGGAUGCAGCUUCUGCUUGCAAUGUCAACAGGUUACAACUAUUUUCAAGAUGAUGAAGGUUUUUUUUCUUUUUUUAAUUCUCGAAUUGGCAUUAUUUGAUUUGGAUGGUCAGUUUAUGUUGAUUGGUAAAACAUUCUUUACAUUUAUAAUCCUAUAGAUUUCUGUAAUAGCAAUUAUUCACGAGUUAAAUACAAGCACAAUACGUUUGAUUUA